UUGCACACAGUGUCUGCGGUACUAGAGGUGAAAAGCGGGCCCUGGCUUUCCCCACAAAGAUUUCUGAAAUAUCAAGCCAUCAUGGUGGAACAAGAUGAUGUAGAGAUGGUAACUAACAUUGUCAACCCAGCUUCUUUCCUCAGUGAAAACGAAGGAAAACUGGUACACCACGAUUGCCUGGAGACUACUGAGGCCACAUAUUCCAGUCAUGUGGAUCUGAAAGUUACCCCUUUAGACAACAUGGAAACCUGGUUUACUGAUGGGAGCAGCUAUGUCAUCAGUGGAAAACAGCAUGGUAGAUAUGCAGUUGCCACCUGCAGAGAGGCAAUAGGGUCUGGACCUUUGCCUAUAAACACCUCUGCACAGCAAGUGGAGCUGAUUGCGCUGACUAGAGCCUUAGAAAUAGUGAAAGGAAAGAAUAUAAACAUCUAUACAGACUCAAGAUAUGCAUUUGGGGUUGUACAUGCACGUGGAGCCAUUUCGAAAGAAAGACAACUGUUGAACUCGCAAGGGAAAAAAAUCAAACAUGCGCAAGAAAUAAUGAGACUGUUGGAAGUGGUCCAACUUCCUGAGAAGGCAGCAAUUAUGCACAUCAAGGCACACCAGAAAGUCAGCUCAGAAUUAGAAGGAAAUGAAUUGGUGGAUAAAGAGGCAAAAGAAGCGGCAAAAGGUGAGAUAACAGUGGAAGGAGCUUUAAUUCCUGCUGGGAAAAUUUCCCUAGAAGGUAAGCCAAAUUCCAACAAAGAUGACCAAAAAUUAAUCACAGACUAA